CUUGUUAGUAAUCCCUAUAAAUCCAAGAAACUGCAGUAGUUAUGUUACCAGUUUAAUAGACAACAUACUUGAAUGCCCAGCAGCUUUAUAAUACUUUGCAUUAGUGUUACCCACACCUUUAACGUCUUUAUUUUGUUACCAAGGCUGUUCUAUCACACAAGACUCCUAGCAAUCAACACCCGCUGGCAUUGGAUCUAGACCAGGAAGAGGAGAAAUGGAAGAGCGAAGGAUAUUUCAAGGGAAUGAUAACUGUAAGGUGUUUAAUGACCCCAUCCAUGGCCACAUAGAGAUGCAUCCUCUGCUGGUCCGUAUCAUCGACACCCCUCAGUUCCAGAGGCUCCGCCACAUUAAGCAGCUGGGAGGAACAUACUUUGUCUUCCCUGGAGCCUCCCACAACCGCUUUGAACACUCCAUAGGGGUUGGACACCUGGCAGGUCGGCUGAUCCUGGAGUUGAAUGAAAGACAACCGGAGCUCCUCAUCACCCGUAGAGACAUCCUGUGUGUUCAGAUCGCUGGGCUCUGUCACGACCUGGGUCAUGGUCCUUUCUCCCAUUUGUUUGACGGGAUGUUCAUCCCAGAAAUAUUUCCAGGAUCAAAGUGGAGGCAUGAGAAGGCGUCCUUGGACAUGUUUGACUACCUGGUGCGUGUGAACAAUUUGAAGCCAGUGAUGGUAGAACAUGGCCUGGUCCUUCCUGAUGACCUGGUCUUUAUCAAGGAGCUGAUUUAUGGACCCGUGGACACUAAUGCACACAACCAGGAGUGGCAAUAUGAGGGCAGGCCAGUUGGGAAAUCCUUCCUCUAUGAGAUAGUUUCCAACAAGAGGAACGGCAUUGAUGUGGACAAGUGGGACUACUUUGCCAGGGACAGCUACCACCUGGGCAUCCAGAACAACUUUGACUACCAUCGCUCCCUCAAGUUCACCCGUGUGUGUGAGGUGGAGGGGAGGAAUCAGAUCUGUUACCGAGACAAAGAAGUGACUAAUCUGUACGACAUGUUCCAAACCCGCAACUGUCUCCAUAGAAGAGCCUACAAGCACCCAGUGACGAAGGCCAUAGAACUAAUGAUUACAGAUGCCUUUGUCAAGGCAGACAAUCACAUCCAUUUUGAAGGUUCAGGGGGCAGGACAUUCAAGAUGUCCGAAGCAAUAGAGGACAUGGAAGCCUACACUAAACUCACUGACCACGUUUUUGAGCAGAUCCUGCACUCAACAAGCGAUGAUCUGAAAGAUGCAAGAGAGAUCCUGCAGAACAUCACCAAACGACGCCUCUACAAGUUGUUGGAAACGACUCAGGCUGAAAGUAUCUCAGAGGAAAAAUUGGAGGAGUUGUGUCAGAGAGAAAAUUGUGUCAAAGAGGACCUUAUUUUGAAUAAAUUCAAGAUGGACUGGGGUAUGAAUGAUGACAACCCCAUUGACCAUGUCCGUUUCUUCAAUAAACGAAACCCAAACCAUGCCUUCCAGAUCCAACAGCAUCAGGUGUCCAGUCUGCUGCCAGCCCGGUUUUCAGAGCAGUGGAUCAGAGUCUACUGUAAGAAGACUGAUGCAGAGAUUGUGGAUGGAGGAGAUGUUUAACAAUCCCCUAUACUACAGGGUGAAGAUGAGAACGCUCCAGGAGAAUGGCAGUUGUGUUAUUUACCAUUCGAGCGACUAGAUAGUGAUGAUGAAUGUUAAAAAUGCCCUAAACAUUAACUUAAUCCUAGAGAACUAAGUAAUAUGGUUCCAUCUGGUACAUACAGUUUGGUUUUCAACACUGCGAAUAAUGCAGUUCUUCAUAACAAGCACGAAAUUAUCCUUUAUUUGUUAAGUAGAUUUAAGCAUUAAAGGUGUUGGUGGUAGGGGUAGACAGUAUUUUAAUCUGAAUAUAGAUAUUGCAUGUGCAGAGUGUACUGUAAUUGUUCUUUGAUCAUGGUGUGAAAUAAAAAUUAUCCAAUAAACAAAACAAUACUAAAUAAAAAAAGUGAAUCUGAA